AUGCAUAGCAACUCCCUCACGGAUGACGAAGGGGUGCUCGACUCCCUGAGCGCCGCAUCAGCAGACGCCCAUGUGAAGUAUGAGCCAAUGACUGCAGCGACCAACGAGGAGGAAACGUUACACCAUGAGAACUUCCAUGAGAACGAUACGACCGUUGUGGCAGAGCAUGAUGAGAAGUCCGCCACGGCAAAUGCAUCUGCCACGCGACUCGAUGAGACGCAGCCGGCGCUGCUGGAGGCUGACAAUGAAGAGGCUGUAGACGAGGGCGACGACGAUGAUGACAGCAAGAAUGGUGGCGACGGUGCAUACGCGGCCGAGUACCGAAGCCUACUGUUUCGUGUGGCAGAAAUGGAGGCUCAAGAGCAGCAGCGCGAUCGGCAAAGUGAUUUUGCGCUGCGCAUGGCACAACGGGAAGCAAAACUGAUGGCGGAGGUGGCAGCACAGCAGCAGAUGUUUCUGGCGUCACAGGCCCUGAGCGCGUCUUGUCUGCAUUCUAGUGGUAGCGCUAAGACCUCCCCCAACGCGAGCGCCGAGUCUAGGACGCUGACGGCUACCUCUGCCGCCGAUGCCUCACCGAAUGCCAAAGACAUCGCGGCUGCUGUAGCGACAGACGCUCGAUUAGCAUGUUUAGCGCAUCGUAUGGAGCACGCUCAGCUGCAGUACGAACGCUGCACUGAGGUAGUGAGAUUGCUGCGCUCCCACGCACGAUCGAUGCAGGCUGAUGCGGAGCGUCAGGAGAAACUGAAGACGGAAACUGCGGAGCUCUUGGGUCGCUUACACGAGAACGCAGGGCUAGCUGACAGGGUGAUGACUUCUACUGUGGAAGAAUCAUCAGAGGAACACGACUGUGCGCGGCCUUUGACGGCUUCCCCACCGACGCGGUCUCCGCCCAGCGACAUGUGGCAGAAGCACAUAAGCGACAUGACCACCCUUGGCGGCACUCUGGCGAAAGUACACACUCUUUUCCGUGAUCCGGAUUGCCGCACAAACAUGUCCGUUGUUGCCACGGCACUGACGGAGGUGGGACGUCGGUGCCAGAGCUUGCUGCAGGAACUGCAGGCUCUAACUGAAGCUGAGGUGCAGACGGAGGCCGAUCUGCGGCAGCGCCGUGCACAUUCACUGGAAUGGAGCCUCUUUGCGGCAAACGCACAACAGGCGCGCGAAAUGCAAGACUUGUACUCACCUGUGACCAUCGCGGAGACGCGGGCGAUGGGGGUGCGGAAGGUCUUGCUGCGCCGCCGGAAGGAGUUACAAAAUGCGUUGACACUCGUCAUUCUACGUGAUGCGGAGAAGGCAGUAAGUAGCGUCGGCUAUGCCGCCGAUGCGUCUUCUUCAGCUUCCGUGCCACAGCCACCCUCUAUCUUUUUCACACAGCCAUACGGGGUGACGCCGGAAGAAAUGAAGGCUGUCACAGACACGUGCGCGCGGCGCGAAGGGCUGAGGGAUCGCUUGUGCCGAGAGCUCCUUUACCUGAAAAAGUGCGCGCGUCGUGUCCUUGGUUCAGCCUGGGUCUCGCAAGCUGAGGCUACAGCGCUCACUUCACUGGCGGAGACGGCCGAUGCAAGAGGGGACUCGCAGAUGCUGGAGGCGGUACUGGAGGAUGGACUCCGUUGGGCAAGUUACGACGGCCUGGCGCACCUUGUGGUUUGUGCGGCAUCGACACCAAAGCCGAAGGACGAACAGGACGACGGUCCCAGGGGCGACAUCAGCGACGUAAACGAAGAUGUAGCUGGCGAGGGUAAAGUACAGGAUGAAAGCGAUGGACUCACGUCGUUACCGCACUCUCACACAUCAGCACCUGUGGAUUUGCUGGCCACCCGUGUUCAAGUGCUCUCUCUGCUAGAGGCGCUGCAGACACGCGCCAACUCACUUGUCUCACUUCUCGCCGAAAACGCAAAGCACUGGCAAAGGACCCACGAUGUUUUGGUUGAAGCGGAAAUGUGUGCCAGUUCGAGCGAGGAUGCCUGGUGCCGCACUGCUGAGUUGCUCCUGCGCCGGUGUACCGAUAUGGCUACCGUGGAGAUCCUGUCGAGUGGCGCACGCGAUGACGAUGCCGACUUACACAUCGCUUGCGCCUCUCCCCUCUUACUGCAGGAACAGCAGCUGCUCAACAGUCUUCAUGCCUCCCAGGAAGCCAUUACCGAGGCGGUAAACGCCGCGCUUGCGCAGGUGCACCACGGGUGUGCAGCGCCCCUCGAGCGUGCGAAGCGAGAUGUGGCUCUACUGAUCCGACUUCUGCAGCUCUCUGAUGAAGCGGGUGCGCCAGAGUGCCAGGGCGGUAACUCUAGAAGCACCGACCUACUCGUAACGCGUACCACACCAGCACUAGAAAGUGCGAUGCAGCUGCUAAAGCUUGCCGAUGAUGAUGCACAUGAAAGUGACAGCGUGGACCCUUCCGUGGCAACGUGUGAUGCGGGAAAAGAGCAAUGUCUAGCGCAGGUGCACUUGCCACAGUUGCCGCGGCGCGUGGAUGUCGUCCAAGAUGCCAUCAGCGUGCUCUCUGCCAAGUGGAAGGAGACCCUUGCCGCCGAAACUGCGGCGAUUCGCACGAAAGUCACAGAGAUGCAGGUGAAACUCGAUCAGUAUGCGCAGUACUCUAUGGCAGAGGUCCCAUCACUGCUCGAGAAGGCGCUCGCGGAGGCAAAGUCGUUGCAGGCGCGUGCGUCCGAAUGCACCACACGCAAUAGCCAGACUGCUUCUCUUGCUGCCCAAGUCGAGCAGCAACAAAAGUUACUGACUGACAGCACGACAACAGAGCGGUACGCGCUGACUGCUGCGGUGCAACAAGCGCGGUUAGAGGUGGCAACCCUGCAAGCGCAGGUGGCGCAGCUACAGAUGCACAAAGACCUCUCUGCAGCUGAGUCGCUCCACCGUUGCGAGGUAAGGGAGGCUGAAGCGGUUACGUGGAAAUCCCUCCUACUGGAUCAUCUGGGGCAGCGCGAAAUGAUGGCUGGAGACGGUGCCCGAGAUGGCGCAAUCGAGGAUGGCGACGUCUCUGACAUAAAUCAAGAGACCUCCGCCCCCAUUCUCGAAACGGCGACAGACAUGAGGACAAAGCAGGAGGAGAGGAAUCAGGAAAUUGACGGCAGUGCAGCCGCGUUGGAGGUCGCAUCACUGAAGCGAGAAGACGAAGCCGAUGGGCCAGAGAUCAUGAGGACGGAUGAAGCGGAGGCAGGCGGAGGUGACGCUGAAGGUGGUGAUGACGAGAAGCAGCAGUUUGUUGAUAAGUCGGCAAAAGAUGACGCACUCAACUUCGACGGCGAAACAGGCGAGUACCACACCACCGAGGAGGUCUCCGAGAACGAGCAAGGCAAUGGCCAAUCAAGAAACGACGACAACGGUACAGAAUACCCUGUAAGCGAGGAGCCAGGUUGCACUACCGUGACGGGUACCAGCCACUCAGUGGAAGCGGUGCUGCAAGUGGAAGUGAACAGGCAAUAUCCUCUGCUGCAAAGUGGAGAACGUAAAGUGAAGCGACGGCAGAGACGGCGGCGACAGCACCCCAGUAUCCUUGGCGAGGCCAUCCUCGGACAAGCUGAGUCGGGGCAGCUACCGCCGGUAUUUGAGAGUGCAGCCGGCAUCCCUUUCCUGCAUCAGCCGCCUCCGCCCGUACUCCCGUCCGAACCGACAACCCGACCGGUUUACGAGGACAACCCGUUCUACUCGGGUUUUGGUUUUGAGGAAGAGUAG